AUGAAGUAUAUGAAGCUUGGAUCAAAGCCGGAUGUCUUUCAGACAGAGGGCAGCAAUAUCAGGUUUGUUGCGACAGAGCUGGCAACAGACAUUGUUAUAUCCAUUGGGGAUGUCAAGUUUUAUCUUCACAAGUUCCCUCUUCUAUCAAAGAGUUCACGCCUACAAAGGUUAGUUGCUUCAAGCAAUGAGGAGAAAAAUGAUGAAGUGGAUAUCUCUGACAUCCCUGGUGGACCUUCAGCAUUUGAAAUAUGUGCUAAGUUCUGCUAUGGCAUGAUUGUAACACUCAAUGCAUAUAAUGUCCUCGCUGCCCGCUGUGCAGCUGAGUACCUAGAAAUGUUUGAGACCAUUGACAAAGGAAACCUCAUAUACAAGAUUGAUGUGUUUCUGACAUCAAGCGUAUUUCGCACCUGGAAGGACUCGAUCAUAGUUUUACAGACCACAAAGUCACUGCUACCUUGGUGUGAAAAUUUGAAGGUAAUCAACCACUGCAUUGACUCUAUCGUGUUGAAGGCGUCAAUUGAUCCAUCAGAGGUUGAAUGGUCAUACACUUACAACAGAAAGAAACUCCCAUCUGAGAAUGGUAUUGAUUCACAUUGGAAUGGUGUCAGGAAGCAACCUAUGGUCCCUAGUGACUGGUGGGUUGAGGACCUUUGUGAGCUUGAAGUGGAUUUGUACAAGCGGGUGAUCAUGACCAUCAAGGCAAAGGGAAGCACACCAGCUGUUGUCAUCGGAGAAGCAUUGAGGGCCUACGCAUACCGACGCCUGCUUGGCUCCCUUGAAGAUGCUGUGAGCAAUGGAGUUGAUUGCACAAAACGUCGUGCAGCUCUUGAUGCUAUUAUAUUUCUCUUGCCCGCUGAGGAAGGCUCAGUGUCAUGUGGUUUUCUUCUUAAGCUGCUAAGAGCUGCAUGUUUGCUGGAAUCUGGGGAGUCCCAUCGCAUUAACUUGAUCAAGAGAAUAGGCACACAAUUGGAUGGUGCUUCAGUUUCAGACCUUCUUAUACCACCAAAUACUGAUGAAAACAAUAUAUACAGCAUAGACCUGAUCAUGGCAAUAGUGGAGGAAUUCAUGUUACAGAAUAGUGAUAGUGUUAAGGAAAAGAUUCAAGAUGAUGAAGAAAUCGUGGAGAUUGAGAAUGCGACAUCUGUUUCCAGCACGUCAAAACUGGCAGUUGCAAAGCUGAUCGAUGGAUAUCUUGCUGAGAUUGCCAAAGAUCCCAACCUUCCUCUUCCAAAGUUGAUCGCACUUGCUGAAAUGGUGUCUUCUCUACCCCGGCCAUCACAUGACGGGCUCUAUCGUGCCAUUGACAUGUAUCUGAAGGAGCACCCCAGCCUAUCAAAGAGCGAAAAGAAGAAAUUAUGUGGACUGAUGGACUGCAAGCAGCUGUCACAGGAUGCGUGCAUGCACGCCGUGCAGAAUGAGCGUCUCCCCUUACGCGUGGUUGUGCAAGUUCUCUUCUUCGAGCAAGUCCGGGCAUCAAUUGCUUCUGCAAGGAGCGACCCUUCAUCUGAGCUCCCAUCUGCUGUUCGCUCGCUUCUUCCCAGAGAGAAUGGCAACUCUAUUGGCAGCUCCAGGUCAGCUGCGACAACGACAACGGAGGAGGAAUGUGGGGUCCCGACAUCGAGUGACAUCAACUCUUUGAGGUCAAUGAGGCUCGCCAACAACAGCGGUGGAAGCGAGAGGAGCAGUGGCAGCAGUGACAUCAACAAGAACAGCGAUGACAAGAGCGCCGCAGGGAAAGCAAAGGGGAUGCUGAUGCCGAAGAAGAUACUGAGCAAGCUCUGGUCUGGGAAAACAAAUGCCGGUGAGAACAGCAGCUCAGACACGUCGGAGAGCCCUGGGUCCGUGAACCCAGAGGAGGCGAAGUCCACGCAGUCACGGAUCACAAGGCGCUCAGUAUCCUAG